AGACCAUGUCAGGUAUGCAAAUUUUGAUUGCAGUAAAGAAGGGGAAUUUCCUAAAAUGAUUCAUCAGGACAUUAAAAGUUCUACUACAUCACGUUAUCCUAAUCCAGUGCAUAUUCAAGGUUAUGCAAAUAAUUCAUUGCGGAGUUGCAGUGCGUUUCAAGAAGAUGGGCACAAGUUUGGUCAGUGUUUGUCCUGUGGCAAGUUCCAUGCUUUUAAUUCAUGUAAAUUUCGUAAUUCUAAAUGCUUUAAAUGUGAUGAUAUUGGAUAUAUUCAGUCAGUCUGCAAUACUAAUGUUCAUGUUAUUGCAACUAAUAUUAAGUCUUGUAAUUCUGAUUCUACUGAGUCGAGUAUUUAUAAUGAUGAUUUAUCUUUAUCAACUAUUGCAAUAGACAGUGUAGAGUCAAAAAGCAGUUC